CAAAUUCAUUUAAAUUUCUUAUCACUGCAAACGUCAAACAACAAAAAAUUUAAAAUUUUUGAACUACUGAGCUUGAAAAUUUAAUUAAUGCACUCGAUAGUUCCAUUCAAUCAUCGACUCGCUCCAGCACAACGUUUAGAAAUUUCCAUUCAUCGACUCUGUUCAACCACUUGCAAUUCCACGUAGAUUCUAGAUUGAUUUCAUUGAAAAUGAAGUCUUCGCAAGACGCAGGAUGGAAUGAUCCUCCGAAAUUCUCAUACAAUGAAAGUAUCGAGCUAACAAGAUCACCGAAAAGGAACGUACUAAACAAAAGGGUUGCUUUCCCUUUAAGCUCGACUUCUUCGAAAUCGGCAGCUCCAUUUCUAGAUCCAACUGCACCACCGAGCAAUAAUCCUAAUUUACCUCCACCUCCGUCCAUAUUUUCGUGUCCAAGUGAACCAAACAGCGAUAAAGGUUUAAACGAACGUUUACCAGAUAUCGAUAACUUGGAUAUCAGUAAAGAGAAACCGGAAGAGAGUACAAAUGAACGUGACGAUGAUGUUACCAAAGUGGACGUGAAUGAAAUUAUAUCGUCGUUAGAAAUAAUUAUAGAAGAAAAACGCAAAUUUCUAACUGAUAACAGAGAUGAGUUAAUCAAGAAGAAACUUCAAAUCAUGAAAGAUUCUUGGGAAUCGAAUAAAAUAUCUGAGGAUAUAAAGAAACAAAUAUCUGAAUUGACAAAUGCUUUGAAAGAAAACAAUAAGGAGAAAGCUAAUCGAAUUCAAGUUGCAUUGAUGGUUGAUCAUCCCAAACUUUGCAGUGAAUUCAUUUCAGUUUUUCGUCUAUUAAUUAAUGCUGAUGAAAGUGAUACGUAAUUGGAUUGAGUGUGUUAUUGAUUUAUAAAAUACCUACACGAAACUGCAAUACCUUUUUUUUUACCUAUGCUUGAUUUAGAUUAAAAAUGCGCUUUUUUCACUGCAUUUUAAUGUGAUAUUAAUGAUUUUACAAUAAAUUAGUUAUAAAAUUA